UACGUGCAUUAGACUAAUUAACAUACAGACAGUAGAUGUCACAAGAUGUUCUGUUCAGACCAAAUUUAGCCUAGGACAGCAAAAUAAUUACACAAUAACGAUUACGAUAAGUCCAGACACAUAGUCAGGCGGUUCACCCACGUACAGACCGCACCCACCAUGCGGGAUAAAUAGCAAAUGAACUAUUGUACCAGGUUCCUGUCCUCUGCGCGAUCCAGCCCUGGUUGGUGACUCGUGAGACAGAAACCCAGAGACUCUGUAAAUAUUGUUAUUGCUUGGAGCAUAUAAACAUGAUUUGAUUGAAUGCAUUGAACUCAUGACUGUUUUCUCCCUCUGAAUAAACGAACACACGGCGAGGACAUGGCCGAGGUCUAGGACGAGAAUCCUGCCGAACAAUUUGGUGACCCCGACGUGAUUCAAGGAGAAACGAUUGUAAGAACAAAACUCAAAUACGGGGGACAAGGACGGUGACUGAUUCAGUGCAGACCGGUCAACAAAAAGUGUGUGUCUUUUUUAGGCAGACGAUUAUCCGCUGCAGGUUUGGCUCCAUCAUCCACCCAGCUCUCCUCCAUCCUCAACCAUGCCCGGCCUCAGACUGUGCGGGACAUGAUGUCUUUUUUGGGCCUGUGUAACUACAGCCGGAACUACAUUCCCUCAUACUGCGACAACACCGCCAUCUUGCAUCGUCUCAUAUUGGACAAAGGCAUGCGCAACCUGACUCUCCCACUUGACUGGUCCUCUGAGGCAGAGGCUUGUUUCAUCCAGUUGAAGCAACUCCUCGCACACUCGGUGACUCUCACGAUUCCUGACUACACGCGCCCGCUCUUUUUAGACGUGUCUGAAAAAGAUGGCAUUGUUAAUGCGGCACUUUUUCAGAAGGGGGGAGGCGGCACGGGGAGACAAGUUUUACUAUAUCAUAGCUCAAAGCUAGAUACCGUAUGGACCGGUCAACCACCAUGCACUAGAAUGGCGGCGGGGGUGGAAAAAGCAUUACAAAAAACAGCACAUGUAGUGAUGGCGCACCCACUGACUGUUUUGACAGACCACGGCGUUGUAUCAUAUAUACAAUCAGCCUCUUUUUCAAUGUCACAAAUGAGACAACAGCGACUUUCGAAAGUACUUCUACAACCACACAUCACUUUCACAGCAGACGGCGUGAACAUGGCAGAUCACAUGAACCCUCUGCCACCGCGAGAGUUCCCAGGAGUUAGUGAUGCGAGAUGUUAAAAUAAGACCAGACAUGAAAGCAGGUCCGAUACUAGGUGACGAGGUACACCACGUGUAUACAGACGGUUGCUGUUUCAGAAACAAGGACGCAGGGAAGUUAGAUUCUGCAUACGCAGUAGUCAAACUAGACAAAGUACAGGGGAAGUACAUUACAGAGGAAGCACAGGUGCUCGAAGUUGGCUCAGCGCAAAAAGCGGAACUUGUGGCUGUGAUAAGGCCCUGCAAAGACACAGUGGAGAAAAAAAAAAUAUUUAUUUACAGAUUCUGCAUAUGUGCACGGCCUGUGUCAUUGGGAAUUGACAAAAAUGCAAAGGGGCAGCUGGAACACCUCCACCGGUAACCCGGUGAAACACCAACAGGAGGUACAGCAGUUAGCCGAAGCUAUAAUGCAGCCCAAAGAGCCGGCCAUUAUAAAGUUCGCAGCACAUCAAAAAGGAACCGACCCAGUCUCAAGGGGAAAUGAAGCCGCAGAUGCAGCUGCUAAACAAGCCGCCGGCUACACAAACACUGCCUCAAAUAUCAUGAUAUUGGGCGAACAAAAUGAACCUAUGUCGUGCACACUCUCUGAUGUAAGUUCCAUGCAGGAAAAAGCGGGAGUAUACGAACAAAAUCAAUGGGUACGGUUCGGGGCAAAAAAGGGACAGGACAGUCUAUGGAGGUUGGCACAGGGAAAGGUGGUACUCCCAUGCAAACUGUUUGACAUAGUGGUGAAAGAAGCGCAUGGCUACGCACACAACAGUCAAGCCAACACUGCUAGAAAGCUUGACUUUUGGUGGCAUCCGUUUCUACCACAAAUGGUGGCGGACUUUGUAAAAACAUGCACAACAUGUCAAAAAUACACUCCCAAACCCUCACUUAAACCACCUAUGGGGCAGUGUCCAGUCACCCACAUGGGACCACAAAACAGAACACAGGGGUACAGAUACCUGUUGGUAAUUGCGGACGCCUACUCAGGGUGGAUUGAGGCAGUCCCCACAAAAGGGGAAGACGCCGCCUCAGUAAUUAAAGCCCUUAUGAACAUGCAAAUACCAAGGCAUGGCUUCCCAUCACAAGUGAGGUCGGACAAUGGCUCUCAUUUCAAAAACACUGACUUACAAACUGUGGAAAAAGCAUAUGGCAUUAUGCAUACAUUUGGGACGGUGUACCACCCACAAUCCCAAGGGAAGGUGGAAAGAGCAAAUGGGGUGGUAAAACAAAAAUUGGCAAAAAUCACCAGUGUCACAGGAAUGUCCUGGGUGGACGCUCUGCCCAUUGCUUUACUCGAAACCAGAUCAAGCCCACACUCAGAGACCGGACUGUCACCCUAUCAGCUACAGACUGGCCGACUGUUUAGAGAAGCCACUGGGGAACCAACACCCCAGCAGUGUGAGGAACUACCCUUAAUACAGUGGGUGCACCCACACUAUUGGAACACAGUAACGCAGGCGGUAGCUUCUCUCCAGACACAGGUGCGUUCUCUCAGACCACAACCAGAGAAUGCAGGACUAGACACGGACGUGCAGUGAGUGUUCCUGAAUGAUACAAAAGGAGGUGGGAGGAGCCUCGGUGGGACGGCCCGUUCAAGGUCACUGAGAGGACAACGCAUGCUGAGAAAGUCGCGGGAAAAACUCUGUGGUUUCAUCUCAACCAGUGCGCACCUGCGGAGCAACCCCGACAUCCUCUGAGUCCCAUACCUCCACCGCCCUGGAAGGAGGAGCUGAUGCAUGACACUGACCUCUGAGUACAUACACACCUCAGAGGCCAGACACGUAGUACACUGUUAGCUGUAUCUCCAAGUGCUGGCAACCUCUGGUGUAGGUCAUAGAAGAGCGCGACUAUAGCACUGAUAAGAAGAUAUCAAGACACCAACCACAACGUGUAAGCGGAUCAUGUCACCUUGUUUCUUUCUCCUAGUGUGUGUGUGUGUGUGUGUGUGUGUAUUUGCAUAUGUGUGUGCAUCGGUGUGCAUCUAUACAAUGUUCUCAGUUUAACAGGUGUGCAUCUAUACAAUGUUCUCAGUUUAACAAUUGUGAUUUAUACACUGUUCUCAUUUUAAACAUUCUACUAUAUGCAUUAUACUCACUGAACAGGUACCAGUACGACAACCUUUCCUUCGAUUCCGCUUAUGUUGCGGCUUCCGACAACGUUUGAUGUUCUUCUCAUGUGAUUUGUGUUCUGAGGGUUUUUUCUGAUGUAUUUUUGUGUGUGACGUAUGUUCCAUACGUCAACAGGGGGAUUUGUACUGAAAUAACAUUUUGCACUGUUGUAUUGAAAUAACACUUUGCACUGAACUAACAUAUAGCUAACUAAUGACAUAUAGCUAAAUAAUGGAAUAACAUAUAGCUAAAUAAAUACU